UUUUUUAAAUAUUCUUACUAUUUUUGGGAGGGGGCGGGGAGGAGGAGGAGGAGGAGGAGAGUAGCCGGACCCGAAGAGGAGGAACGGGAUCCCGGUGAUCCGGUCGGCGGCUCCCCGGUCCCGGUGCUCCCCCCCGAGUCCUGCUCUCCCGGACCCGGCGCCCGGUCGCUCUGCCCGGGCACGAUGGGCUGCUGCAGCGGCCGGUGCUCCCUCGUCUUCCUCUGCACCCUGCAGCUGGUGCUGGCCUUGGAGAGGCAGGUGUUUGACUUCCUGGGGUACCAAUGGGCUCCGAUCCUCGCCAACUUCCUCCACAUCGUCAUGGUGAUCCUCGGCCUGUUCGGCACCAUCCAGUACCGACCGCGCUACAUCCUGGUGUACGCGCUGUGGGUCGCUCUGUGGGUCGCCUGGAACGUCUUCAUCGUCUGCUUCUACCUGGACGUAGGAGGCCUGGCCAAGGACGGCGACCUGCUGACCUUCAACAUCUCCGGCAAUCACUCGUGGUGGAGCGACCACGGGCCGGGCUGCGUGCGCCGGGAGGUGCCGGCGGCGCCGGGCGUCCGCGCCACGGAGAGCCACGCCUACAUCACGGUGGCGGGCUGCGUGGCCGACUACCGGCACAUCGAGGUCGCCCACAGCGCCGCGCAGAUCCUCCUCGCCCUCCUGGGCUUCGUCUACGCCUGUUAUGUUGUCAGCGCCAUCACCGAGGAGGAGGACAGCUUUGAUUUUAUUGGUGGGUUUGACCCCCCCCCCCCACCAUGUCCACGAGAACCCAUCUCCCCUCCUCUUAAAGCCUGCGCACCUGUCGACGUAAAUGAGAGAGAGAGAGAGAGAGAGGGAGAGAGGGAGAGAGGGUGUCCGGCCGGGAGGUGAAACGGCAGAUUUCCUAUACGCAGAAAAAAAUGGCUGUGUGUGUGUCUUGACUCAGAUCCCGGGCUUCGCAGUUGAGCCGUAAUGGGCCGUUGUGAGGCCGCCUGUGUAAUUUAGGCCGGGAUCUGAGCGCAUGAAUACAGGAGCAGGGCCUGAGGAGAGGGGGGGGGGGGGUAAAAUGCGUUAUAGCGGCGUGAGUCUUACCUAUUAUUAUUAUUACUAUUAUUAUUAUUAUUAUUAUUAUUAUUUUUCUAUAACAUGUUAACAAAUCCGCCACAUGGAUGUCUCCAGCCCAGGUCUUUCAGAGCUGAGGUCCUCGUGUGACUCAGUGCUGCCCUCUGGUGGUCAACGGGUUCAUGUGCACGUUGCAUGGCGACUGAGUUUCUGCUUCAGGUCCAAAACAAAGAACUACUUUCUCUUGGCGCAUUUAUUUAGCCCACGAGAUGUCCCUCUGCGUGUCAGGUUCCCCAAUGUUCUUCACUGCCAGACGAACCGGUUGUGGUUCUGAAAAUCACGAAUCCACUUCAGAACGACCGGUUUCACUUGAUUAGUCGAGAUGCAAUAAUGUCAUGUUUUAUGUAUGUUUAAAAAAAUAAUAAUUCAAAGUUUACACUCUUAGAAGUAAGGGUUCCAAAUGAGCUUCUUCUCGAAGGGCUGAGGUUCUAUCCAGAACCGUUGGCUUCUGAAGGACCCUCUUUUUUUGUCAAGGCUUCUUUGUGAGACGACAGCGGUUCCUUAAGAACCCCGUGUGGAAGGAAGGGUUCUCAAGAGGGUUCUAGAAAGCAUGGAUGGGAAUUGAGAACACCCGCCAUUCCUGCUUUGGAAAAUAAAGCGGUUCUUGGAAGAACCCCCUGGUUGGGUUCUAGAUGAAACCCUUGGAAUAGAAUAGGGUUAUUGGGAGAACCCCGUGGUUGGGUUCUAGAUGAAACUUUGGAAUAGUAAAGGGUUCUUCAUAGAACCCCAAGGUUGGGUUCUAGAUGAAACCAUUGUAACCAACUUUUCAUGAUAGAACCUCCAGAGCGGGUUCUGGGUGGAACCUUUCAACACAGUGAUGUCAUUCUGCAGACGGUUCUCUAGGUUCUCGAUGGCUUCCCCCCCACGCCGUGACCAGGAGAUGAUCAGGAACGACACUCUUGUGAUGUUUAGAUCUUCUCGUAUCAUAACCUACCAUACAGCCCUAGUUCUAGAUGUCGAUGACCUUUGACCCCGUCACGCUGAAGAACCCUUUAUGGUUCUAGUGGGCCCCUUUGUAUCGUCUAGGAGUGGACGCUCACAGGAGUAGACACACAGAGUGCCUCAUACUCAGUAUUAGUAAACGCUACUAUGUAAAACUAGUCUUCCUAUCUGUUCAAUACAGGCCACGCCCCCUCUCCAAAGCCACGCCCCCUCAGCGACUGGAAUUAGUGUCUAUGUGCUUCCACCUGUUUGUAGAUAAUUCUUUUCCUUUGUAUAGAAAGUGGAAAAGGUCUUUUCUUUUGUAACUCUCUCUUUCAUGUUGUUGACUGUCGUCCUGUUUAGCCACAACUGUGCAUUCAUGUUGAUGUAAAUAAGCCGUCUGUAUAAAAAAUAAAACAAUGUGCUCUUUUAAAUGAUAA